UCACACGUCAUCGAAUUUAUAGCUGUAAAAACGUGGUUAGGGUCGUGGUCUAUGCGAAGUAAGAAUGCACUCGUAAAUCUGGUAGACGCGAUCGUGAUAUUCAUUAGCACUUGGUUCGUUGUCGGUGGUCAGUCGUUCUGUUCUCUAUUCGUUGGCCUUUUUCUUUGCGAGCGACGUUUUCGCCGCAGAAAUUUAUACUCGUACUCGUAUUAGCCAAGUACAUAUCUACCUAUCUUUGGAAUAUCGCGAUCGCGCUCCUGCUUUUCUAUCGUCCGAUUGAUUGAUUUUUUAACGCGCAUACACGUGCUACCUAGACCUACCGUACCGGUCUUUUUCCUUGUGCUGUGCAGUGUGCAGAAUCCACCGGAUCUUACAUCCACGACGUGUCGUUUUUUACGCGCCUAUUUUAAAAUUUUCAUUCUCCGACUACUGUCGCUGUAAAUGGCGUCAACGCUUAAAGUCGUCAGUCCGAAUGUCGAAUACACGGACGGGUACAUCGUUUCCAAUUACAAGUAUUUCAUCACGGAUGUUAAAAAAGAAAAUGACCAACUACUAGUAAUUCCCAGAGAAAUUGCGCUAACGAUUAAAACCGAAAUCAAAGUACCGAAGCUUGGUGUGAUGAUGGUCGGAUGGGGUGGUAAUAAUGGUACCACCGUCACCGCUGCCCUACUAGCCAACAAACUGAAUUUAUCGUGGCCGACGAAAACUGGACUCAAAACUGCCAACUGGUUCGGAUCUAUCACGCAAUGUUCGACCAUUAAGCUAGGUAUGGAUGAGCAAGGUAAAGAUUUCUAUUUCCCGCUAUCAUCCCUGUUUCCCAUGGUGAAUCCUAACGACAUAAUCGUCGACGGCUGGGACAUAUCGUCUGCUGAUUUGGCCACUGCUAUGCAACGUGCUGCAGUUUUGGACUAUAAUUUACAGCAACAAUUAAUCCCGCUGAUGAAAGAUAUGAAACCGAAACCUUCUAUUUAUUGGCCAGAUUUUAUCGCAGCCAAUCAGGCCGAAAGAGCGGACAACGUCAUCAAAACGUCGAGUAAGAAAGAAGCUCUGGAAAUUCUGCGAAAAGAUAUGCGCGAUUUCAAAGCAAAACAUAAUCUGGACAAAGUGGUCAUCAUGUGGACCGCCAAUACCGAAAGAUUCAGCGAAAUUCACGUCGGUAAAAACGACACCGCCGAAAACUUGCUGAAAGCCAUCGAUGAAAACUUCGCAGAAAUUUCGCCAUCCACCUUGUUCGCAGUUGCCUCGAUCUUGGAAAAUUGCAUUUACGUCAACGGAUCGCCGCAAAAUACCUUCGUACCGGGAUGCAUUGAACUGGCAGAAAAACACAAAGCGUUCAUCGCAGGCGAUGAUUUUAAAUCCGGACAAACGAAAUUGAAAUCAGUGCUCGUUGAUUUUCUAGUAUCGGCCGGAAUUAAACCAGUUUCCAUAGUCAGUUAUAAUCAUUUGGGCAAUAACGAUGGCAGAAAUUUGUCUGCUCCGCAACAAUUUAAAUCCAAAGAGAUCUCAAAAAGCAAUGUAGUCGAUGAUAUGGUCGCUUCAAAUUCAAUACUGUACCAGCCAAACGAGAAACCCGACCACUGCGUAGUCAUUAAAUACGUUCCUUACGUCCGCGAUUCCAAAAGAGCUCUAGACGAAUACAUUUCGGAAAUCUGUUUGGGAGGAAAUAAUACAAUUUGCAUUCAUAAUACUUGCGAAGAUUCUUUAUUAGCUUCGCCGAUAAUCUUGGAUCUGGUCAUACUGGCUGAAAUAUGUACGCGAAUUCAAUUUUUCACCCCUGAUCAAAAAGAUCCAGUCCAAUUGAACGUUGUGCUUUCGUUUUUAUCGUACUUACUGAAAGCUCCGCUGGUGCCAAAAGGCGCGCCGAUAGUGAAUUCGCUUUUUAAGCAGAGGGCGUGCAUCGAUAAUAUUUUGAAAGCGUGCUUGGGACUGCCACCCGAUAACAACAUGACGUUGGAGCACAAACUACCUAAAGAACUGUUCCAUGGGAAUGCCACUGCGGCCACGUCUGACAAGCAGACUCAAAAUACGAAUAAUCUCCCAUCAGUACCAGCACCAGCACCAACUCCAGCACCAGCGCCAGCAUCAGCGCCAGUAUCAGCGCCAGCAUCAGCGCCAGCCCCACCAGCAGCAGUGGAGAAUCAGUUGCAGCAGCAGCCGAGUAUCGAAGCUGUUCAAGCCGAUUCGUCUGCUAAAAUUGUUGAACCGGUUCUGGUAUCAAAUUAAAAUUCGUAAUCACCAAAGAAACUCGGUGUUAUUUCAUCAUCAAGUAGGACGGAUGCGGCACGGAGGCUUUUUUUCGCUCUUCCCAUUUUUUUAAUUUUCAUUUUUCAUCUUUUGCCAGGGUAAAUUACGUCUUUUAUUUCGCAGGUAACUACUCGUGUAUACCUCGUAGUCCUCGUACAUUUAUAUUACUUUUUGUCGACCACCUGUGAGCGGAGCUUAUUUGUAACAGAAAUUUUGACAAAUGUACGUUACUACAAAUAUAAUGCGUUAUCAAAA